AUGAACCCCCAACCCCAACUCCUCCAUGACAUCCUAACGUCGCCCACAUCAUCCUUAUCAUCUCCUGGUUUCAGGCCACCAACAUCAACCUCCCGCUGGACCUUGUGCUGGAUCCAGGGAUCGCCGUAUUCCCCCCAGCCCCCCUAUGCCGGCCAAUCUGCCUUCGCGCCACUUCCAAUCUCGGCAAACUCCUGCGAUCCAGUCCGUCGCGCUCUCAUCCAACACCUGGAUCGCCCUCGACAACCGCGCCGUGCUCUGGGACUCGCUCGAGUACCGGCGGGGUGUGCUCGGCCGCGGGGUCCUGCUCUUGUGAAACUUGCGCACCAGGGCAUUUCGGUGCGACAUGCCAGAGCUGUGAGGCUGGUGAAGAAUGUCCCCGCGACGUGCAACUGUCUGAACGGCAUCUGCGGCGCAAACGGCGAGUGCGCGUGCAACGCGGGGUUCGUGAAGGCGGAUAACGGGCACACCAGUGCCCACAUCGAAGUCCAGCGGCACUAUCUGCCCUCAAGUCGAACAAUGCAACGAUUACAGCCAGUGGCUGUACAGCCGCCUCCGAAUUGCAUCUUACGCAGCCCCUGCUUUGCGUCCGUCUUCCUCAUCCCCAAUGACCUCCUUGCCGCCGCGAACGUGGCCCUCUACGGUGGUGGCUGCAAAUUGCGCAAGCGCCUUGCCUUAUCGGGUAGUUCCGGUUGGGCGCUUAAUCAAUGGGUAAAACCCAUUGUCUACCCAGCCCCCCGCGCAGCACACGCUACUGCCUUCACUGUACGGGCACCCAGGCAGCCCGCACUGAGGGAUGAAGCUUUGUAG